GUCCGUUGAAGUUAGCUGGUCGGCUAAUGCUCGACCUCCGUUGACUGGAAAUGUUCAAAGCUAAAAUACUAUUUAUUGGUCCCAAUGAGAGUGGGAAAACGGUUCUUGCAAAUUUUCUCGCAGACACAACGGAAAAUGUGGGAGGCGAAUACAGACCUACUCAAGGAGUCAGGAUACUAGAAUUUGAAUCACAACCUGAGGGCAGUGGUGACAACAAGACAUGUGAGGUUGAACUUUGGGACUGUUCAGGGGAUUUCAAAUUUGAAUCAUGCUGGCCUGCACUCAUGAAGGACUCCAGCGGUGUGGUGAUCAUCUUUAAUCCAGACGUUCCAAGUCACCUCAAAGAAAUAGAAACCUGGCAUUCAAUGUUCAUCUCCUCCCAGAGUUUGCAGGACAACCAGUGUCUGCUGAUGGCUCAUCACAAGCCCGGCAGCGCAGUAGAAGAAGGACGGCUGCCUUUAGCCUCGCAUUUGAGCAGACUUCCACUUAUUCACUCCAACCUGGAGGAGGAACCAGAGGACGUGAGGCAAGCUUUCUGCAGAUACUUGGGAAAAGUUGUAAAUACGCUUUCGGAAAGUCGAGAGCAAGAGGAGAUGUCUAUUAUUACAUAGAAAACAUGCAGCUUAAUGAGGAAGAUGUUUGUUAGCAUCUGCAAUUUAUAAGUGACAUUCAUAAACAUUUCUCAUUUAUAAGUUAUUAAUUAUACAGCUUUCUGUCAGUCAGCUGAGCAUAACAUCUUCCAAAAACUCAAUAUAGCAAAUAUUUCCCCACAUUUACUUGUUUUUGUUCAUUAUUGUUGUCUUACAUUUUGUAAAUCUUUUGUGAAUAAAAUACAACCAAACUUGCUUA